AUGAUCCGGGACGUGGCCCCCUGUGAAGAGCUAAGCCAGCAUGGUGGAUUCGGCAUGAUACCGAGUACCGAGUACCUGGUACGCGGACUACUAAGGGUAUCUAAAAAAGACUACAUCUCGCCAAGGUUAUAUGACGAUGAGCUCGACAGACUGCAACGGACGAUCUGUGAACGAACCGGACGCUGGCUUCAAAGGGAGCAGACGUUAAAAAAAUGGAUUGGCACAAGUGAUGAAUCAACAAAGGUUGUCUGGCUCCAAGGUAUACCCGGAGCAGGCAAAACUCACAUUUCAUCUAUCAUUGUGGACAAAUUGAGAGGUCUAUCACACACAACGCUAUUUGCAUUCCUGAGCUACAAACAAGGUAACGCGUCGACAGUGUCGAUCAUACACUCGCUAAUAUUCCAGCUCGUUAUUGGCAUGGAGUACUUUGAUGAAACUCUCAAACAAGACUUGCGAGCUAAGCUCUUUCACACUUUCCAGUCAAGUAAAAGGAGCCUGAAGAGCAAUACUAGAUUUGCUCGCGAAACCUUGACAGAAUUACUCAAAUGCGUUGGUCCGACCUACAUAAUCAUUGACGGUCUUGAUGAACUUCCUGAGAGCGAGCGCAGGGUGGAAAUCCUAAAGGAGCUCCUAAAUAUGUUGAAGGUCUCGACUGAAACACGACUACUGAUUAGCAGUAGAGCACAAGAUGAAAUUAAUGCAGUCCUAAAGGCCACGUCGAAGGUGAUUCAAGUCCAUGACAACAACAGUGGCUGCAUCCACGCAUAUGUCUCAGUGAAAGCUGGAAGUUGGCUGGCCGAAUCUGGAUUUGAUGAGGAUGCUUGCGCAGAGAUCAAGAGUUUGUUGACCCCGUUAGCGACAAAAGCGCAAGGCAUGUUUCUUUACGCGAGGGUGGUGAUGGACAAUAUUCAAAUGUGCCACACCUCUGACCAAGUUCAAAAUGAAUUGGCCGUUCUCCCAGAGAGCUUGGAUGAAGCGUAUGCGCGUGUUUUACAGCGUCUCAAUGAUUUGCAACCUUCGUCGAAAGUAAUGUCUCAACGAGCCUUGGGAUGGAUAGGAUGUUCUCCAAUUCCAAUCAAAAUCCAGGAACUGAGCUUUGCUUUGAGUCUUAACGCUAAAGGGGAGGGCGAACUACCUCGCUCCGAGAACGUGGUAAAUAUUGUGCGGCUCUGUGGACCCAUCGUUGAAACCUUCAAUGAUCAUGUUUACUUCGUACACUUCACCGUCAAGCAGUAUCUUUUUGAGAAACAAGACUAUCAAUUUGUUCGAGAAUUGGAAGCCAACCUCGAAAUGACCAUGACGUGCCUUCAUUACCUGUCCUUCAACAUAUUUGAAGUCGACUUUGAACCCGAUAUGAUCAAGGAAAACAUAUUGUCAGGUUCAUACCGCUUGCAUUGGUUUGCGGCCAGUCAAUGGAUAGUGUUAGUUCAAAAUUGCGCGAAACUAUUGGGCAACCGCUCCCCCCCAGAAAGCCUGCUUCGUGCCCUCAGUCGUUUUGCUUACGAAUGUGAGAACGGGAAUUAUGAAGCCAUAGAAGACUUUGACUCUCAGCAAAGUGACGAGUUUAAAAUAUUCAGAGAGAGUGCACCAAACAUACAUAAGCUUCUGCACCAAGAGCUUCAAUUUCGCCGUAUGGAUGUGGGUGAUUGGAAGCUGGAAGAAGAAGACAAAGAUGAUUCGUGGACAAAUCUAGAUCCAUUCUUUUUAUCAUACUCUUCGCUGGGAAUCUAUGAGCAAUUCGAAUCGCUUCUAUGCCCGAAAGAAAAUCACAUUGCUAAAUGUAACUGUCCCAAGCUGAGGAGGCUCUACGGGGGGCGUCUGUUCAGAUGCAAGUACAAUAUCUGUCAGUCCCAGCAAAUCUCAUUCGAAACAAGAUCGGCUCGCGAAGCGCAUUGCAGAGUUCAUGAUCGCGCAUACAAGUGUACGCAUCCGUCGUGUGACUUUUCAACAUUAGGGUUUUCUUCCUCGGGUGAACUGACGAGACACGUGUCAAAUUGCCAUCCUCAUGCACCUUUGAAACCCAUCCAGCUGAUCAAAAAUCCUGACGACGAUGAGCUUGUACCACUAUUGUCGGAUAUGAUUGCAAUGGGCAUGGCAGCGCAAGUGGAGGCACUGUAUCCCAGAUUCAAGGACUUGGACGACCUUCCAGGGGAACGGCUUCUCCAAGAAGCUGCAUUUUCUGGGACAUUGCGGAUUUUCCAAUGUCUGUCUAGUAAAUGGAAACCGGAUUUAAAAAGCACGGAGAACCUUUAUGUCACCUGCGCUGAACAGUCAAUCAAAGGCGAGAAUGUGGAGGUUUUGAAAUGGAUCAUUCCACGAUUGCCUGAAGAAUUUUCCGCUGCAUUCAUGCAACUCGGUGCAAAUACAGAAUCGACUGAAGUGUUUGAGAUAUGGAAAAUGCGCUUUAAAUCAUACCGUUUUAGAAAAGGACCUAUGAUUGAGAACAUACUUCAUGCUGUGAAGGAUCCUGCCAAACAGGAAAGACUUGCAAGUACCUUGAGUGAACAGGCAUUGCUUGGCCAUCUAAACACGGACGAUUUGAGUCGUUUAUUGAAGGCAGUAGCGUCCUCGACUUGCUCAGUCUCAAUAGCGAAAGUGUUGCUUAUCAACGGCGCAGCUGUGGACUUUAGGAGUUUGAAUACCCGACGAAACGAAUUGCAAAAGACUCCAUUGAUAGCAGCGGCCGCAAAAAGGACCAGUGAAGGCGCCGAGAUGAUGAAACUCCUCCUCCUUGCAGGAGCAGACCCGAAUGCUGUGUAUCGACACAGAAGGGACAGCGAACCGAAAACUGCUGGUACGGAAAUGGGAGCCAAAGGAGUUUCAAAAUGGCUAGGAAUGACUUGGGAUGAGCUCGUGGAGUGGGCCACAGAACAGCGAUCCAAAUCUACGAAGUGA